AUGGCGAACUUGUACGAUACAGCAAACUGCUCUUCUUCAUCCCCAGAUGACCCGGACGAUUUUUCUCUUUUCUUGCAUCAAAUUAUGCUUCGAUCACGUACUUCUUCUUCCACAAGUUUUAUGGCUCAGAAGGGUAACGAGGUGCAGUCUUAUCCUGGAAAUCAAGGUUGUGGGUUGCAUUUGGUUUCCGGUACUGAGCGGAUCUCUAUACCGGAGGCCCCUUCAGCUGGACUGCAGCACUGGUCUUACGGUGGGGGUUUUACUUCUCCGGGGUUGGGGUCUUUUUGCCAGGAGAGUGGAGUGAAUGUGUCAUCUUCUUCGGUUUCUGUUGCAACGAUGGAUAAUGAUCUCAAUGACUAUGAUUGUGAAAGUGAGGGUUUGGAAGUGCUGGAGGAGGCUAUGGUUAAGCCAACUGCACCCUGCAACGCGUCCAAGAGGAGUAGAGCAGCUGAAGUUCAUAACUUAUCUGAAAAGAGGAGGAGGAGCAGGAUAAAUGAGAAAAUGAAAGCGCUACAAAAUCUGAUACCCAAUUCGAACAAGACCGAUAAGGCUUCAAUGCUUGAUGAAGCCAUUGAGUACCUCAAGCAACUUCAGCUACAAGUACAGUUGUUGACAGUGAGAAAUGGUUUAAGCCUAUAUCCCAUGUGUCUUCCUGGAGUGUUGCCAUCGAAUCAAGUUUCUGAAACAAGAACGGGCUACGAGGGUAACAGAUCCUUGGACAUGAGCUUGGCGAGUGCACUUCCCCUGAAGCCGGUUACCCCUACUAAUAUCCUGUUCAAUCUACCUGACAAUUUUAAGAAAGCUAAGCAGGCAUCAGAUGUUAAUCAAUCCAAGCUAAGUGAUUCAGAAGAUGCAUUUGCACCAGCAUCAAUUAUUCAUGGUAAUCACAGACCAAUUCAGUUCCCGCUACCUGGAACUUCUAAGAAGGGAACUUGCAUGGGGCAGAAAUCACCCAAUCAACAAGCAAACCAGGAUCUUUCUAGAAGAAAAUCAGUAGCGAAGCAUAUAGGAGCUGAAGCAACAGGAUCAACUGCUCUCAAUGCACUACCAUCUGGUUUGGAGCAAAAUAUUCUGGAAGCAUGGGUCCUUGGAAGGGACCAAUCGGGAGGAAGGCUGCUUAAAAAUAUGGAGUGCAAAAAUCUUCUUUUGUCACAAGUAGAUGGAACUGGACGUCUACAAGUGAACUCUAGAUUCUCUACUGUUGCAGAAAGCGUAUGGCUGCUCACUAUGUCUAAUCUAAUAGUACCAUUUCUUGGCGCUUACGAAGCUAUUGCGAUCACACAAUCUGUUGAAUUGGAUAAGCUUGGUGGUCUUUAUACAUUCAUUCUGCAGCUAGAAUGUAAUCCUUCGUCUGUUGGAGAAAAUAUGAACAGCGUAAUCAGUUUUCACGUGUGUUUCAGGGAGGAUCGAAGUCACUAG